ACCCAGAAUCAUAAACCUUGUAAUAUUUCCUGAAUCCUCUCCUAUCGCUUCCAUCCAUUCAUUAGAGCAAUCAAAAAUGUUACUAAACCUUGUGUCCUUACUAGCAAUCUUUAAAGGAGUCCAGUCUCAAGUGCAGUUGGUGGAGUCUGGAGGAGAUGUGCGAAGACCUGGAGGGUCCCUCCGUCUCUCCUGCCAAGCCUCUGGAUUCACCUUCAGUGGCUAUUGGAUGGGCUGGGUGAGACAGGCUCCAGGGAAAGGACUGGAAUGGGUUGCAAGCAUGGGUACAUCUAGCACUUACUACUCAGACAAAGUGAAGGGACGCUUCACCAUCUCCAGGGACGAUGCCAAAAGCCAGCUGUAUCUGCAAAUGAACAGUCUCAAAGCUGAAGACACGGCAGUCUAUUACUGUGCGAGAGUCACAUGUUCACGGAAGUGUGUUUGUCAAGGGCUCUUUUAUCCCAACAGAUAUGUAAAUCGAGGCACCAUUUCCCCUUUAAAGGAGCCCCAUGGUUUCCCUCUUCAGACAACACCCAGGAACAUAAACCUUGUGCUAUUUUCUCUCUCUUGUCUCUUGUCAAUUCCCUCCAUUCACUUAGUGAAAAUGUGGCUCAACCUUGUGUCCUUACUAGUAGUCCUCAAAGGAGUCCAGUCUCAAGUACAGUUGGUGGAGUCUGGAGGGGAUGUGAGAAGACCUGGAGAGUCCCUCCGUCUCUCCUGCCAAGCCUCUGGAUUUGAUUUCAGCAGCUACUAUAUGAGCUGGGUGAGACAGGCUCCAGAGAAAGGACCAGAAUGGGUGGCAUUCAUAAGCACCAGUUCUGGUACUAUUUACUACUCAGACACAGUGAAGGGCCGCUUCACCAUCUCCAGGGACAAUGCCAAAAGCCAGCUCUAUCUGCAAAUGAACAGCCUCAAAGCUGAAGACACAGCAAUUUAUUACUGUACAGGAGACACA